GGGCAGAAACACCGUUAAAAAACUAACCCGGCCGUGCGGGCGGGCGCGCUAGACGCUAAAAGUCAGUCAGUAGUGGCAGGAGCGGGCGGGCGAAUAGUUUGGCGGGGUGCGUGUCUGUCUGUGGGGGAUGAAGAAGGCAAGACCUGACGGGAGCGGGGGUUGGAGAUAACGUUUUGCGUUCGCCGGGUGGAGGGAAAAGCCCAAGCUAAGCAAAGGAGAAGGAACCGCGCCGGGACUGGACUUUACCUCAGACGGACGCGCGCCCCCGCCCUCCCUCAGGAAUGAUGGACGGGGAGGGCCUCUUGGAGGAAGUGAGUGGCGAGGUGUACUUGAGCGCCGUCUCUUGAGAUAGUUUUCUGGAUAGGAGUGGAUCACCCGUGCAAUUAGUAUCCUGUAUUUCCACAUACGGUCCUGAAGCGCUUGCUCUCUCUGUGUGUUCCUCUUUCCCACAACUCGCUUCAAUGCCUGCUCGGAAGAAUAAGCCGACCAGAGGCGUCUUCCAGUCUCAUUCUCUCUGCAGUCUGUAAUAGGCUUGCAUCCAGGCAUUGUGGGGGGCAGCAGGGGCAGCUGCUGUUGGUUUUCAUUUCCUCCCCCUCCCCCCAUAAAGAAGUGAACGCUGUCUCCUUCUGACAAUGAUGAAGACUGAAGGCAAAGGAGAGAGGACUUUGAGAAGUGCUUCUCCACACAGGAAUGCCUAUAAAACUGAUUUUCAUGCCAUUAAGUGCAGUUUUGAUUCAGUGAACACUGAUAAUGUUUCAAGCAAAUCUGGUCCUCAGCGAAAGCUACCCAGCUCAUCCAAUGGAGGGGGCAAUGAACCACAUGUUCGUGGCAGAGCUGUCACCUAUGGCAACAGAGUACACAAGAUCAAAAACAUGUUCAUGCAGAUGGGUGGCUCUUCUGCUUCCUCGUGUGAGAACAGCCUACCCUCUGAGUCCAAGACUGGCACCAAAACACCUUCGACUGACUCUGCCCCUUCCUCUCCCAACAGUCCGUCUUUUCUCUGCAUUCAAAAAAACAACCAUCUCAAUAACGGCAGUGGUCCUCAGGAUUCAUUACUUUCUGGUGCUUUAACUGACAAAAUUAUCCGCAGCAAUGAUGAGGGAAAUAUAGACAAAGUUGCCUUAGCAGAGAAGUUUUCUGAGACUAGAAAGCUUUUUGAAAGGAACACAAAAAAACCAAGCACAGUGGAGCGAUGCACUCCCAACAGAAGUGAAAGGGUUGAAGACAGAAGACAUGGCUCUCUCUCUCCUGAUGGUACUAAUGUGGUGGAUCAUUUUAAUUUCAAUCAUGAAGUGAGUUCUCAAGUUACCCCAGGAAAAGCAGAAUGCCAAGGAGGCAGUGAGCACACGCUGCAGCAGUCCAGUGGGAGCUGCAGAUCUUCUCUGAAUGCUGGACCUAUUUCUAGGCGAUUGGAGAAUUUCUUGACUGACAGUGACAGUGAGGAUCCCAAAGACACUUUGAAAAAUGAAGGCAUUUCAAGCACUGGCCAGACAGUGUUCUGCAGUUGGGAAUUGCCAGUGGUUAAUGAAGAGCAAGGCUUGAAGCAAAAUCAGCCUCACGCAACACCUGCCCUUUUCAGCAGCAGUCUUGUUGAAAGAGAUGAGCUAAGUAUGGCCGCUGAGGAAACACCUAAAACAACUUCUGAAAAGGAUCAACAGGAUACUUACAGUGCUUUUUCUAAAGUGGACAGAGCUCCCAUAAAAAUCUCUGAGAUAGAAGUUGUUAGAGCAGAACUGAUUGUGGUGCAGAAUGAAAUUUCAAGGAAUGAAAUUGUGGGGGAAGUGAAUGUCUUCCAGGAGAAGAAACCACUCAGGUUCCCAAGAAGGGAUGCAGAAGGGAAGGGACUUGCAGAAGAAAAUAGCCUCACAUUUGAGGAAGUGGAGGAACUUAGUGUGUGCAGUGAAGCCAGUGAUAAAGGAGUAAGAGAGAUAGUAGCUCUGGAAGAAGUUCAAACAAGAGAGCAAGGCCAGGUAGAACAAAUAGAGGGUAGUGAAGAAGAGGAGGAAGAACAGCAAAUAGACCAGAGAGAGAAUUGUAGUGGAUUCUCUUCCAGUGCUUUUGGUAUAGAAAAUGAAGCUUUUGAUGAUGACAGAGAAACAGAAGCAUAUAAUCAGGACCUUGAAGGAGGUGACACCUUGGCAGAGGAGGGCUGCGACUAUGAUAGUGAUUAUGAGGAAUUUCCUGGACUUUCGGAGGAAGAAGAUCCUGAUCCACAUAGGAAAGUAAAGUUUUCCACUGCUCCAAUCAAGGUUUUCAGUACGUACUCAAAUGAAGACUAUGAUAGGCGUAAUGAAGAAGUUGACCCUGUGGCAGCAUCAGCAGAGUAUGAACUUGAGAAACGGGUGGAGAAAAUGGAAGUUUUUUCUGUGGAAAUUGAAAAAGGUGACAGUGGCUUAGGUAUCAGUAUUAUUGGAAUGGGUGUUGGUGCAGACCAGGGACUGGAAAAGCUGGGAAUUUUUGUGAAAACAAUAACAGAAGGUGGUGCUGCACAGAAAGAUGGUCGAAUCCAAGUAAAUGAUCAGAUCAUUGAGGUGGAUGGUACGAGUCUCGUAGGAGUAACCCAGUUUUUUGCAGCAACUGUACUAAAAAACACAAAAGGUACAGUCAGGUUUCUUAUUGGAAGAGAAAAACCAGGAACCCAGAGUGAAGUAGCUCGCCUUAUUAGUGAGACAUUGGAACAGGAGAGAUGUUUGCUGGAGCAGCAGUAUACCAAUGAUACAGAACAGGAUGAUGAUUAUGAUGAUGACGAAGACUCUUUUGAAUCACAUUUACAUGGGAAAUCUGUAGAAGUAUUUUACCUCCCUGAUAACGAAGAUAUUAAUCUCCCACUGGACAUGGAUUCUACACAGUUUCUUCUGAAGUUCAAAGAGUUACAGCUAAAACAUGCAGUUACAACAGCUGAAGUUAACCAGCUUAAGGAAAAGUUAAAAGCAACAGAAGAUGAAAAGAUUGAAUGGGAAUUAAGUAAAUCUCAGCUCCAGGAAACUUUAGAAGAGCACAAAGAAAAAAUAAAGAAAUUGGAGACCUAUUGGUUAGAAGCUCAAAGUUUGUGUAAGACAGUAAAUGAGCAUCUUAAAGACACCCAGGAACAAUAUGAUGCCCUGGAGAAAAAAUACAACAAGGCCAAGAAAUUGCUCAAAGAAUAUCAGCAGAAAGAAACAGAAUUUUUGAAGAAAGAAGAGGACCAUAUAAAACAUCUUUACGAGAAAGACCAGGAACAUAUAAAUCACCAUAAAGUAUUGCAGGAGAAGAUUACAGAGCUUGAAGAUAAAUUAAAAUUAUAUGAGGGUGCCCCUUAUGUGUUUGGGAAUGGCUUAGAGGCUGCUGCUCCAAGCCUUGAACAUCUGACAGAACACUUGGAAGUAAAAGAGAAUGUUCAGGAAAUUGAGAUUUCAAUGGAGAAACUAGAUUUUUCUGAUUUUGAUGCUUUCCUUGAGGACACAUCAAGGUUAGACACCAGUGCACAUAAAGCAAAAGCUCAACUUGCUUUGAAAGUGAAACGUCAGCCACCUUCUCGGUCAAAGCGAAAAGAAUCCCUUGGAGCUGGACUGAAAGAUGCCAAUUCACAGGAUGAUGAUUCAGAGGAAAUUGUCCAGAGCAAGUUUUCAGAAGUGACAGAAAAGUUAACAUCACCACAGCAGAACAAUGUGGAUGAAAGAGUUGAUAAAUAUGAGCGUGCUGAAAGCACAGAUAGCUUAUUAGAGUCCAGUCCAUCAGUUUCUGUGCACUCUUCUCCAGUUUAUAAGCCGCACACAGAAAAUAGUUCUGGAAAUACUCAUUCUCCUUCUAAUGAUGAUGCAACUCUAAAUUCUCCUUCAGGAUACUGCAGAAAUGUUAAGCAAAGAGAAUCAAAGAGCAAAGGCAAAGUGGGCAAAGAAGAGAAAAAGAAUGAAGAAAAGACUGAAUCAAAUGAAGUUGCCUCUACAGGAAAAUCCAAAAGGCGUUUUCCUGAUUUUGGGGGCCUAAGAAAAUCUGGCGGUAAAGGCAAAAAACAGGAAAAAGAAAAUGCAAGAGGUUCUCUGGAUAGCCGAGGCUCCCAUGAAUUACUGGAAGACAACAAUUUAUCUGCCUCAGAUUCAGAUUCCCCUAUUCCCACUUGCAUGCCUUUCUCUUGGUUUGGAGACAGCCAUAAAGAGCAUAGUUCUGGUAGCACUCUGAGUUUUUCUCAAGGUGGACCUGAUGUUGUCACGGAACAGAGCCAAGAGAAGAACAGGAACAAGAGUAGAAUUGUCAUAGAUGAUUCAUACCAUAGCAAGCCAAGUUGUGAUCUCUCAGGGUUAGUGACAGAGCCCAGUCUUUCAGGGCGUUCACACACUUUAACCUUCUCUUCAAAUGAGACUUCAGAUGAUGAACCGUCAAGCACAGGGAAACAAAAUCAGUGGCACAAUAGGCCCAUUUCUGAAUGGACAACACAACAAGUGUGCCAUUGGCUAAUAGGAAUGAACAUGGAGCAGUAUAUCAUGGAGUUUACAGCCAGGAAUAUAGAUGGACAACAGUUAAUGCUGCUCGACAGUGAUAAAUUGAAGGCCCUGGGAGUGUCCAGUCAAAACGACCGAUCAACAAUAAAGAAGAAAAUUAAAGAUAUCAAAAAAACACAAGAGAAACUGGAGAAACAAAAAGAAAAGUUUCAAAGGAAAGAGAGGGAAAUUCGGAGAGGCGGCAGAGUGGUUGCUACAGUAGAAUCAACCUGCUAAAAUGAUUCAAGCUGCCAUAUGCAACUAGAUACUCUGGUGUAGUCUCAAGGGCUAAACUGGAACUAUGCCAGGGUAAUGCCUCGUUAUGUUAAUUUUAUCACAGACUGUACUUUAGCUUGAAGAAGUGUAAUAAUUGUAUAUUACUGUAUAAUUAUGGAUUGGGGCAGAAGGAAAAUGAUAGUUAUACUUUAUAGGCUUUUUACCUCCAGUUUCCAUAGUUGUCCGCCAUUUAUAUGAUUCACUAAAUGAAAUAUUUUCAAUUUUUUAUAUUUAGAUCACUACUUAUACUAAUGAGUAUUAAAUUAACUUUGUCUUAAGUAAGGUGUAAAUAUGUGUUUGGCUGUUCUAACUUCCUGAAGUGUGUAUUGAAAGCGAGAUACACAGUUUAUGAAAAAUAGAAUGUGAUGCAAGUAGCAGUAUAACGUUGGGUGAUAUCUGGUAUAGACACAGUAUCAGGUCAUUAUGUUUCGUUGGAGAUAGUCUGCCAUUAGUUUUGUAUAGAAAAAAAUUAAGUUUUUAAAAGUAUUAGAAAAAUUAAUUUAAUCAUAUUUCAAAGUUAAGUUUGUUAAAUUCUGUAUUUUCCAGAGUCCAUUUUAAAUUCAAAACCUAUUGUAGUAAUAUAAUUUGCAAUUUACUUAUUUUCUGGAAUAAGAUAUCACUAAAUUUCUAAGGGGUCUAGUAUGCUGCAGCAGGAUUUCAAAGCUUAUAGAUAAAUUUUAUACACAUUUUUGUAUGUUAUACAGUUUUAUAGUACAUGUGAUGAGCAGUAUCAGUUUGUAAUACACAUAUUUCACUUUCCUACUCAAGAUAUGUCAGGACCAAAAUUAUAUAUUUUUUCCAAUUUUUAAAUGAUUCUUCCAAGCGUAAAAUAUAAGAAUUGGACUAGCAGGGAGGAAAAGGCAUCAACAGAACACUGGGUUUCUGCAUUACAUAUUACUACAUUGUAGGCUACAAAACUGUGUUCCUCCUUUUUAAUGAAUUGCAUUUGUUUCCCAGAAUAGUGUAAAACACAGCUGCUUUUCAUUUACACCACAAUCUGUUGUACAGAAACAAAGAACGCUUCAGUGAUAUGUAUGAAAAAUUGAAUAAAUUUCAU